CCCUUGCUUCUUCCUGCUCCUGCCCGGUUCCUGCCGUGCUGCCCCGCCUUUCCGCUUCCUGCCGCGGGCCGGGGCUGGCGCGGCGCUUCCAGCCGGGAGAGGCGGCCGGCGGCAGCGCCAGUUCUCCAGAUGGCUUCUUUUGGGUGGAAGAGAAAGAUUGGUGAGAAGGUCUCAAAAGCUACCUCUCAGCAAUUCGAAGCAGAAGCUGCGGAUGACAAGGAUCUGGGUGACGAUGAUGAUGCUAACUGGGUGCUUGCAGCUAAGAGAAGAAAGGAAGUUCUCUUAGAAGAUUGUGUAAGGAAAAGUAAGGAGCUCAAGGAUGAAGGUGCAAAUUUGGCCGAAAAUAGGAGGUACAGAGAGGCUCUUGUCAAGUGGGAUGAAGCACUUCAGUUAACUCCAGAGGAUGCUACACUUUAUGAGAUGAAAUCACAGGUCCUGAUGUCUUUACAUGAAAUGUUCCCAGCAGUGCAUGCAGCAGAAAUGGCUGUCCAGAGAAACCCACGUUCCUGGGAUGCCUGGCAGACUUUGGGACGUGCCCAGCUUGGAUUAGGAGAGAUAGCACUGGCCAUCCGAAGCUUCCAGGUAUCCUUACACAUCUUUCCAAUGAACCCUGAAGUAUGGAAAGAAGACCUUUCCUGGGCAAGAAAACUACAGGAACAGCAGAAGGCCACAAAGACUGAGUCAGCGCAAGCCCUGGCAAAAGAGCUCGUGCAAGAGCCAAUCCCUGACUAUGACUUUGAAAGUGAUGAAAUUGUGGCAGUCUGUGCUGCCAUUGCAGAGAAGGAGAAAGCUCUUUCAGCAGCUAAAACUAUGGUGAUUGUGUCUGCUUCAGGCACAGUAGAGACUGUUACUGAACAGGACAAUUGUACUGCAACUCCUGAUGAAACCCUUUUCAUCAGGGCCCGGUAGGGCAGCCUCAUGAGUCGUCAUGCCCAUAGUUUUAAGAACUACUGUUAUUUAUUGUAUUUUGCUUGCUUUGUGUUUGUUCUUUUUUUAUUAAAUGGUAGGAUAGCCUACAAAAGUUAAAGAAUUGAAGUUAUUUUUCUUCCCUUAAUUAAAAAAGCAAUGACCUGAGUUGUUGUUCCAUCUGUAUUUGUCAAAAAGAAAGCCAAGAGUUGAUUCUAAAAAUUCUAAAUUCUUAUGAACAAAUGUAAUGUUGAAAUGCUUAACUGCAUUCUAACAGCUGCUUCAUCUUUGUGUAUUUCAUAAUUUUACAAGUUAAUGUGUACAUUUUCCCAGUGAUUAGGAAAGUUUUGUUUAAACUGUAAAAGUUCUGUGGUUUAUCCCCAGCCGGCAACUCAGCCCCACACAGUUGACUGCCUCCUGGUGGAAUUGGGGGGAGAAUUGGCAAAGUGAAAGAACUUGUGGGCUGAGAUGGAUUCAGCCUAAUAGGGAAAGCAAAAGCUGCACAUGCAAGCAAAGCAAAACAAGGGAUUCACCCACCAGUUCCCAUGGGCAGGCAGGCUUUCAGGCAUCCCCAGGAAAGCAAGGCUACAUCAUGUGUGACUUGGGAAGACACUGAGAAUGUCCUCCCUUCCCCUACCUCCUUCUUUUGCCAGUUCUGUGUGUUGUGCUGUGAGAUUGAAUAUCCCCAUUGUCAGCUGGGGUCAGCUGUUCUGGCUUGUCUCCUCCCAGCUUCUUGUGCACCCCCAGUCUUCUCACUGUUGGGGUGGAAUGAGAAGCAGGAAGAGGUCUUGACCCUGUGCAAGCACUGCUCAGCAAUAAUAAAAACAACUGUGUGUUACCAAUAUUUGCCAGCACAAAACCUAGCCCCCUACUAGUUAACAUUACUAAGUAACAUUAUUUUUCUUCCAGUAAAAGCGUGAACUGUUUUCUGUUAUUGACAGUCUUUAUUUUCAUUAAGAUUACUUGUUCUAUUAGAAAGUUUCCUAUGAAGCAGUGAUGGAUUAUUUUUUUGUAGAAACCUUUACGUUGCUUUCAGUAUUUUACCAAGCAAAGUCCUGAAUGCUUAGUUAAAACUGAAUGUUUCACCGGAAGAAAGAACACUGUUUGUGACUGAAACUGGCCUUGUCUUGUGUGCUGUGCUACAGACAUCACCAAAAGUAGAAUGGUGGGAGUAGGAAAUAUUGCUGAAUUGUAUUGUAUUUGGGGCUUCUCUUUCCUAGUGAGGCUAGUCUGAUGAAGGGAGUCUGUUUGCUUUUCCUAAUUCUUAGGACCUGCCAUUAAAAGUAUGCUCUUAGGGAAAGAACGAGUUUUCCAGGACAGUGCUGCUGGAGGAGUCUUCCUUUUUAUCCUUUUUGGAUUUUGGAUACAGUGGUGGGUAAUGAGGCAUACCCUAGGAAAUUUUUUAAAUGUUGAUAUUUUUCAGGGGAAAGUGGCAAUAGAUUCCUCACACAGGCAGUUCAGAGAAAUGAAAUCAGGCUGUUUCUUUGAUGUGCUCUGUGCUGAGACUGUUCUCAUUUCAUUGUCUGGGAGACGUGGUAGAGAUGAUCACUUCCUAACAGUACUGGAAAAAAUGGUCAGCUGAGGAAUUCCUGAAGAAUUCAGUUUGGGAACGUGUAAUUUUUUACUUGAUUUGAUAAAAUUUUCUAUGAUAAUAGAUAGUUUUGUAGACAAGCGAAACUUCUGAAAUCAGUCAUCUUAGCACUUUUCAAGUGAUUUCUAGUUUCAAAAUAAUGCAUUUGAAAAGAAAAUUAUGUUGCUUGAGAAGUAUAGUGGUUUUGCAGUGGAAAAUGCAUUGCAGAAAAACUAUCUCAAAUCAUACUUUCUGGUAUCAGAGUAUAUUUAAGAGGAUAUGUACAGUUCUUUAAAAAGACCUAAUUGCCCUGUUGUACUAAGUUUUCAUUAAUUUUUGCAAGAGUCUCCCUAAAUUUUUUUUUAUAUUUGUGAAUUUCUAGAUCUAUGUUUGCAUGAGCACAGAUUCACACAAAAUCACACCUUUUACUAUUUUCUGUGUAUUCAAUAUAAUUAGAACUACAGUGGCAUAAAUAUAGUAAGAAAUGUAAAACAUCAUCAUGCUACAUUUUUAUUUCUUCACUACAUUCAGAAUGAUUUUAAAUGCUUACUGGAUAGGCACUUGAUUAAGAUAUGGUUUGAUGGUUUAAAUUACUAGAGUUAAAGGACUUCUUAAUCUUUCUCCUAUCAAUUUAUACAAUCUAGUCAGCCGUAGAAAUAGCAUGAGAGGGAUUUGGACAGAUUUCUUCAGAGAAGGGAUCUUCUCUGGCUGGAGAAGGAGAUGUGUGAGAUGCUCUAGGGUACGUUUUCAUCUUGAAGGAGCUUGGCUGUAUCCACCUCAUCUUUUCUUUCUUUGCGCUUUGUACUUGUGUCAGUGUUCUGUCUUUACUCAUACAGGAAGGACUGCUGCCCUUCUCUCAGAGGCCUGUGUUAUCACAGAAUAUGUUUCCACUGAAAUGAUUCACAAAGUUCCAAUUGACUUCAGCACUGCAGGUCCAGACUGCUGGGAGGGUGUACAUCUGCUGCGACGGGCUCGGGGGGUGGUGGUUUCCAUCUCAUACACUAAAUGUGUUUUCCUUCUGAUUAGAUUAGGUUAUGAAUUCUAGGUAUUGUCAGAACUGUAGUGUUUUGUAGAGCAGUUAAGUCCCUGGGACACUCUUUUCAAGCUGGGGAGAAGUUCAAAUAUUGAUGAUUUCAACAUUGUUUUUGUACAGCAUGCCACGUUUUGCAUGUAUGUAAUUUUCUGGAUUGGUUUGCUGUUUGAAUAAAAUACUGACUUCUGCUGCAUA